GAAGAAUUCUAGUUUCUUAAAAACCGGAAAACCUGGAGGCACCAAAAGCUCACAAAACCAUCUCCACCAAUCCCACCUUCCCCGACAUAUACAUACACCUAUACACACAAAUCAAUCGUACGGACACAACAAAUUUAAUCUCCUCUCCCUUCUCCUAUGGCGGUGGAGAUUUCGACGCCGAUGGUAGAGUUGACCGCAACGACCAUCGACAUUGUAUUAGCACUCGCUUCCUUCAUUCUCCUCCUCUUCGUCCUCGUUCUCUUCUUCUUUCUCCUCUUCUUCUUUUGUAAGCCUUGGCGUCUCUUCUCUUCUCGCUUCUUUCAUCGCUCUUCCACUCGUGCAGCUCCUUCUCGCGCGAUCAAGGCUGAGGAUUUAGAGAGACCACUUGUAUCAGAAGAUUUAGACCGUAACAGUGAGGUAGCUAGGAGUUAUGACCUAGAGGGGGCAUCUACUCAGAUUGAAGGGCAUUUUAGCUCGCCACGAACCCAAGGGCUUGCUUUUAAACACAGGCCGCCCUCACCUCAGCAUUCUCACAGUGACAGCUUAAUUCUGGACAUACCGGAAGAUACUUCAGUUGGUCAGACUCUAAAGCGUCCUUCCCUGACAAACAUAUCUGGUGAUCUGCAGAAAUUAGCAGAAGAUUUAAGCCAUGACUCAGAGUUUGUUUCGGAAGAUAAACCUAAUAAGUCUGUCCCGAAAUCUACUUUGGAUCAAAGAAGCAUUCUAAUGUUGGAGGUUAUAUCUGGUCCUUCACGUGGUCUCCGUUAUUCCACACAUUCAACAAAUAAAUCUGGGCUUCCGCUUACUCUUGGAAGAGUUUCUCCAAGUGCUUUGUUACUGAAAGAUUCUGAAGUUUCAGGAAAGCAUGCGAUGAUAAACUGGAAUUCAAAUAAGUUAAAAUGGGAGUUGGUUGACAUGGGUAGUUUGAACGGAACGUUAUUAAACUCCCAGUCUAUAAACCAUGCUAAUUCUGGGAGUAGAAAGUGGGGUGACCCUACUGAGCUUGCAAGUGGAGAUAUUUUAACUCUUGGGACUACUUCAAAGAUAUUGGUUCAGAUAACAUCUCAAACUGAGCAGAUUCCUUUUGGAGUUGGUGUAGCAUCGGAUCCCAUGUCUUUGCGUAGAGGAGGAAAAAAGCUGCCUAUGGAAGAUGUUAGCUAUUACCAGUGGCCUCUUCUUGGGAUUGAUAAGUUUGGUCUGUUUGGCAUUUGUGAUGGACAUGGCGGAGCAGCAGCAGCUAUUUCUGCUAGCAAAUUAUUGCGAGAGAUAGUUGGUGAUAUCCUAGCAGACUCAGUUAAAAGAAAAAAGAUCUUAACAAAGUGUGAUGCAUCAGAUGUGCUGCGAGAAGCAUUUACUCAAACCGAAGCAUGCAUGGACCACUACUAUGAGGGUUGUACUGCAACAAUGCUUAUGGUGUGGACUGACGAUCAUGAAAAUUACUUUGUGCAAUGUGCAAAUGUUGGAGACUCUGCUUGUUUUAUUAAUAUUGAUGACAAGCAUAUGAAGAUGACAGAGGACCACAGGAUAACUAGUAUUUCUGAGAGACAACGCAUGCAAGCAACAGGAGAGCCUCUGAAAGAUGGGGAAACAAGAUUAUGUGGUCUGAAUCUUGCUCGGAUGCUAGGAGACAAAUUUCUGAAGCAGCAGGAAGCUCGCUUCAGUUCAGAACCUUAUAUUAGUCAAGUCGCAUACAUAAAUCAAGCAAGCAGUGCUUUUGUAGUAUUAGCAAGUGAUGGUUUUUGGGAUGUUGUGAACUCCAGAAAGGCAUUUCAGCUUGUUCAUGAGGCAAGAGACAGAAGUGCCAAACAUGGAGAGAAUACUGCAGAAAAGGUUGCUAAUAUAUUGUUGGCAGAGGCUAGAACACAGCGUACAAAGGAUAAUACAUCUAUAAUAUAUUUAGAGUUUGGUAGCAGCAAUAUAGACAGUUUUCCAAAAUCAUGAUUCUCGGAGUAUUUAAAAGUUCUGUAAUUACAAAAUUUUCAGUUAGCUAUAUAUUAGUGUCAUAGUGUUAGUCUUUUUCCAACUAGUAAUACAAAAGAACAUAAAAAUCUUGAUCAAAGUUUA